AGAGAUGAACUUGACUCUGCUUUGGCCAAAGCCGACAUGGGAAACAAAACAGUGAUCAUUGCUGUGGUGAAUAAGGCCUAUGUAGACCAAGAUGUUGUGAGUGACACCACUAUGUUUGAUCUAUUUCUCAGUAGCUUUUGGUUUGGAGAGGGAACCAGGUCUCUGAUUGAUCACCUUCUUAUAGUAGCAGUUGAUCGAACAGCCUACGAUCGGUGCCGGUUUCAAUGGUUGAUCUGCUUCAGAUUGGAAACAGAUGGUGUUGAUUUUGAAGGUGAGAAAAUCUACAUGUCUCAGGAUUUUAUCAAGAUGAUGUGGAGAAGGACACUUUUCACAUUGGAAGUCCUCAAGCGUGGCUACAACUUCGUUUUCACGGACAUUGAUGUAAUGUGGUUAAGAAACCCGUUUGCAAGGUUGAACAUUAAAAGUGAGGCUGAAGACAUGCAAAUGAGCGUAGACAAAUACCUUAAUAAUCCAUGGUCAGAAAAGCAUCUACUCAACACUGGAUUUUACUUUGUGAGGUCAAACAACAAGACAAUCUUCUUGUUCCAAACAUGGUACAACAUGAAAGACAAUUCCACAAGACUAAAAGAGCAAGAUGUGCUUCUUAACCUCAUUAGAGGUGGUGUAAUUGGACGCUUGGGGCUUAAGGUUAGGUUCUUAAACACCCUCUAUUUCAGUGGGUUUUGUCAAGAUAGCAAAGAUUUUCGGGUAGUGACCACCGUUCAUGCCAACUGUUGUCGAACCAUUCCUGCUAAAGUGGCGGAUCUAAGGGCUGCCCUCCGUGAUUGGAAGCAGUUUAAGAAGCUUGACGCUAAUUCCUCAAUAAGUCACCGGUGGACUAGGCAUGAUUGGUGUUUGCAAUCUUGGGAAAGACCAAUGAGUUGA